AGAGCUGGUCUCUGGCUUGGUAAGUGAAUCUCGAGCAGACCCAAGUCUUAUUUUUUCCACAGAGUCCAGAUUCCUAUACUUCGCCUGAAGGUGUGUGAAGGUGUGUGGGGCAAUUUCCAAGGGCAAAGGUCCUGCAGGAGUUUGUAAGCAAAAGGAGCAUCAGGAGUCAAGACAGGAAGAAGUCAAGUGAGCAUGGCAAUGGAUUUUUCAGCACAGGUGAACAUCAAGGAGGAACUGACGUGUCCCAUAUGCCUGGAGCUCCUCACAGAACCCCUGAGCCUGGACUGUGGCCACAGCUUCUGUCAAGCCUGCAUCACUGCAAACAACAAGGAGUCCAUAAGCCAGCUAGGAGGGGAAUGCCGCUGUCCCGUGUGCCAGAGCAGAUACCAGCUUUGGAACCUUCGGCCUAAUCGGCAACUGGCCAACAUAGUAGAGAAAGUAAGGGAGGUCAGUGUGAGGUCACAGCAGCAGCAGAGGGGAGACCUCUGUGAGCACCAUGGGAAAAUUCGUCAUGUAUUCUGUAAGGAGGAUGGAAAAGCCAUUUGCAGGCUUUGUGUGCUGUCUCCGGAACACCACGGUCACCAAAUGUUCUCUGUGGAGGAAGUGGUCAAGGAGUGUCAGGAGAAGCUGCAGGAAGCUCUGAAGAAGCUGACGAAGGAGCAGCAGGAAGCUGAGGAGUUAGAAGCUGACAUCAGUGAAGAGAAAGCUACCUGGAAGAAUUGUAUGCAGACUGAGAGACAGAAGAUUCUGAAAGGGUUUGAUAAAAUGAGAGGCAUCCUGGACAGUGAAGAGAAGAAGGAGAUGCAAAAGCUGGAGGAAGUUGAAGUGAAUGUGCUGGAUAACUUGGCAGUGGCUAAAGACCAGGUGGCCCAGCAGAAACAGUACAUGAGAGAGCUCAUCUCAGAUCUCAAAUGUCAGAUGCAGGGAUCAUCAAUAGACACGCUGCAGGAUGUGAUUAACGUUAUAAGAAGGAGUGAGAGCUGGACCUUGAAGAAGCCAAAAAUUGUUCCCAAGAAACUGAAGAGUACAUUCCGAGUUCCAGACCUGAGUGGGAUGCUGCAAGGGUUUAAAGAGCUGACAGAAGUCCAGAGCUACUGGGUGGACAUAAUGCUGAAUCCAGAGAACUCUCUUUCGAAUGUUGUCAUUUCUAUGGAUCAGAGACAAGUGAAAGCUGGAGACUGUUUUAUGUUUAGGAAUCUACAUUCGUGUAACUUUUCUGAUUUUGAUGCCUUCGGCUGCCAAAAUUUCUCCUCGGGGAAAUAUUACUGGGAAGUUGACGUGUCUGGGAAGACUGCUUGGAUCCUGGGGGUGUGCAGGAAAACAAAUAACCACUUUGGAAAAAAUAGCUCGGGGUUUGUUUUUAAAUCAAAUGUAAAUCAUUACUCGAAGUUGCGUUUUGACCCAAAUGUAAAUCAUUACUCCAAAUACAGACCUGAAAAUGGUUACUGGGUUGUAGGGUUACGGAAUAUAUCUGAGUACAUGGCCUUUGAGGACGCUUCCACUUCUCAUCCUAAAGUCUUGACUCUUUUCACGGCUGUUCCUCCCCGUCGAGUUGGGGUUUUCCUAGACUAUGAAGCAGGCAUUGUCUCAUUUUUUAAUAUCACAAAUCAUGGGUCGCUCAUUUACAAGUUCUCUAGAUGUCAGUUUUCUCAGACUGCUUACCCAUAUUUCAACCCUUGGAAUUGCCUAGCUCCCAUGACUUUAUGCCAGCCAAACUCCUGAACCUUCUCAUUUUUUUACUCACUUCUUGUCAUGUCCCUUGCCCUGGUAUCAUCUCUUGCACCUGAGCUGAUUUCUAUACUCAGAACAUCUCUUCCUUGCUGUCUCCAUUCUUUAGAACUUUUACUCACCUUUGGGAUAUAUUCUGUUUCUGGUUUAAGUUAGAAGAGAAGCUUAUUUAUCCAUUUACCUUUUUUUAUUGUAUUCUCAGUGAAAGAUGUCUAAUCUUUCCUAUAGACAGAACAGUAUUGGUAUAACAUCUUUGCCCUCUCAUUUCUCCAUAUUUUCCUUUAUUGCUGAUUGAAGAGACAUGGCAAAGCCUAUCUGCCACCAUCCAUUAUCCUGGGACAAUUCAUAUCACCCUCACCCACCAGCACCAACAAAGGAGUCUUUGAGUAUAUGUCUGUUUGUUGCCCAGAAUACAGCAGGUUUAUCAGAGUCAAGUAAAGGAAAUAAUAGACUAUAUAUAUGUACUCAGAGUGAAGAGUGUAUGUUCUGAGUGUUUGAGUUCAAAACCUAUCUCUUCUCCUAGAAGGUGUGUGAUGAUCAAUAAAAUCUGGGUUUCUUUUCAUAAAAUACAAGUUGGGAUUUUAAACCGCACCUAACUCACCCUUAAGAUCGUUGUGUAAAACUAACUUUCAUUCAAUGUAAAGAAUCUAUUUCAGUGUGCUGUACAAUAUAAUAAAUAUUUGUUCUUGUGAAUAUUGAAAAGUG